ACAAGUGACACAUUUUCCUCUGCCUGCCAGUGCGCUUUCACUUCGCUCCAUGACCAUCGGCCCCAUACCCAUUCCUGCUCGUCGCCGCCGCCGCUCACUAUCAUCGUCUCCAAAGGACUCUGAUCUUCGUCUUGAUCCACCUCCGCGUCCCAAAAGUACCCCAGGUGAACGUCCCGCUCAGCGCCGCCGUCAGCAAAGCCCUCCUCACGGAGACGAUGACGCGAGCGAUCUGGAUCUCAGCCUCAACGCCGAACCUGCUGUCUUAGAAGAAGACGAAGCCGAAGCUGAAGACGGCUCUUCUCUCCCAGUCGUUUCCACCACGACGAAAAAAGUUCUCGACAGAGGCAUCACGAUCAUCCAAAAGGAUCUGCCGCUCAUUGACUCUGACCGCCCUACCCGCAAACUCCCAGAACGUGCCAUGGACUCUGCUCAAAAUAAUAAUCGCCUUCCUCCUGCCAAUCCCACAAUGCUCCCAGUUCAGGCGCAUGUUCCUCGUGCCAGCAUCACCUCUUCUCAUCGGCGACUCUAUGUGAUUCUCGAGCAGGCAUGUCUUGAAGCAUAUCGCCUGCCAGGUGGCGCUGGUAAGAGCAAGCGCGGCGGACAGGAGGGUGAAGUCAAAUACACGCUGCUCAAUUGCGACGAUCAUCAAGGCAUCCUUGCCAAGACCGGUCGAGACAUCGCUGACGCUCGUCCAGACAUCACACAUCAGUGUCUGCUCACUCUACUUGACUCGCCGCUGAACAAAGCUGGGUUGCUCCAGGUCUACAUUCACACUGCGAAAGGCGUCCUGAUCGAAGUGAACCCCCACGUUCGGAUUCCCCGAACUUUCAAGCGUUUUAGCGGUCUGAUGGUGCAGCUUCUGCACAAACUGUCCAUCCGAGGGGUCAACGGUCCGGAAAAGCUGCUCAAGGUCGUCAAAAACCCGAUCAUCGAUCAUCUUCCUCCGAACACCAUCAAAUUGACGCUCUCAGGAGAUGCCAAGACGCAGCGACUAUCUUCCUAUCUGAAGACGUUACCCCCCGCACACAACAUCGCUGUGUUUGUCGGCGCUAUGGCCCGUGGGCGGGAUGAUUUCGCAGACGCUUACGUGGAUGAGAAGAUUAGCAUCAGCGAGUACGCACUGAGUGCCAGUGUUGCGUGUGGCAAGUUUUGCUGUGCCCUCGAGGAUCUCUGGGACAUCAUAUAAAUACGUUUUCACGACAUUCGAUUUCUGGUUGUGCUCCAUUUCGCCCCUACUUUUUGCAUUGUAUCUUAUCUCUGCAUCGCGUCAACCGCGCAUUUGUUGUACACUAGCCAAAUCUACAUUCCUCGCCACACAUACUCACCUAUACGACACCUCAUGAGGCGACUCAACUCGCAUUUUGACUGCUACACACAUUCCUUAUCUACUACGUGCUAGGAUGUCACUACUAGGUCCUGAAUAUUAACAGAUAAUUACCAUACGCACUGCAGUGCGUGUGGUCUGAAUGAGUGCGACAAUGCCUCCCACGCCGCUAGGAUGACGAUGAUAUUUUCAAACAAUUGUGACCCAGUGCAGGAGCGACUGCUUGGAUUUUUGGUCCGAUCUAUAUGUAUGAUUUCUACAGGGUCAUGCGAGACAUAUCGGUGCGGAGACGAUUGUAGUCCAACAGACCCUCAAUGUUGCCAACGGCAGCAAGAGCGAACUGGAUUUGAUGAGAAACGCACUGCAGUGAGGAGAUGAAAGGCGACGCACAUCCUUGUCCCAGAGAUAUUUCUUAGCAACACGCAUGACGUCGUCCACGGAGACAGCGUCAACAGCCUGCUCAGUCUGUUGAGGUGACAUACGACGACCGCUGGUGACGAGCUGUCGUCCUAUGUCCUCCGCAAUAGCAGUCGAUCCAUCUAGCCCAAGUAGUAGACCAGCUUUGAGCUGGCUCUUGGCACGCUCGACCUCAACAGAAGUUGGCGAGAUACUCAUACGGGCCCAUUCGCGCAGCGUCACAUGCGUGAGAUCGUCCAAGUUCAUGAAGUUCUCGCUCACGAGGUAGAUGCCCCACAAGCCGGUGUCAGCAUAGCUCGUGCUAAAGCUCAUGAAGGAGUUGGCGAGAUUGUUUGAGGAGAUGGCAUGAGAAAGGCGAGAGGAAAGGUGCGAGGCAGAGCCAAGAGAGCGAUCCCAAUUACCAAAGAUGCUCUGUAGAACCAUCAUCGGAAAGUAGUCGGGUGAUGACCAGCCGACACCCUCGACAGCGAUGGCGAUGUGAGCAGCUCCCAGCUCGUCGUCGCGCAAGCGAACCUCGGAUCCAACGAAGUUAUUCUUGGCAUGGGCGGAUCCACCGAGGCGGAUGGGAUUAGGGGAGACGGGGAGGGAAGAAAAGUGCUGCUCGGCCAAUUUGACGAGCUCAGCAUGGUCGACGCCACCUGCACCAACGAGAACCAUGCGAUCAGCAGUGUAGUUCGUCUUGAUGUAUGAACUCAAGUCGUCUUGUUUGAGCGAAAGGAUGUUUGCUGGACAUGGGUGAGACAGUGAGCCAGUGGCUUUUGAUCGAGAAAGCACCUUUCGGUCCCAGUAUGGUACGCCCCAGGGGUUGGUCUAUGCAGCGUGAGCCGCCGAAAAGAAUGUGGGACGAGAUGGCCACGUACGUUGGAAAGCGACAGAGUGAAGAUGGUCGAAGACGACCUCUUCCAGCUGCUUGUCUACCUCCUGCUGCUCCCUUAAAAUGACGUCUCGUUCACGCUCGAUAGCAGAGGCCUCCAAUUUCGAGUUCUGGAGAAUGUCGCUGAUGAUGUCGACAGCAGCAGGAACGUCCUUGCGGAAGCUUUUGGCGUAGUAGACAGUUUGCUCUCGCGACGUGUAAGCAUUCAAGUGGGCUCCGAUGUUCUCGACCUCGAGCUCAAGCGCAUGCUGUGUCCGCUUCCCAGUACCCUUGAAGGCCAUGUGCUCCAAAAAGUGUGCAGCGCCGUUAUUUGCGUCCGUCUCAGCCCGAGAGCCUGCAUCAAUCCAGACACCAACGGUGGCAGUCUGAGAAUGAGGGUGUGACUCGGUGGCGACGGUGAGUCCGUUAGAGAGACGGGAAAUCUCCGUGAACGGACCAGCGUUAUGCACGGUGGCG